AAAUCCCUAAAACACUGACUGGUUUAUGAUUUGUCAACAAGAAUUUUUAGGUUAUAUGAGUAUAUUAAAAUUGAAAAUUACACAAUAUAAUUAUUAAAAAUAAGUUUAAAACAUGACGCAGGACAAGUUGUUACGUAUCACCCAAAUGAAUGCAAUUUUUUUGGAUAGAGAAAUAUAUAAAGCUCUAAUGCAUAUCAUCAAUGAUACAAGUAAAUUCUUACCACCCGGAUACAUCGCACCUUUUGAACCUGAAAUAGGUUUAAUUGUACGUUUAGCGUUACUAAAGAAUUCUGUGUGCCGAAGUGAAAAUACCUUUGGACAACAGUUACUAUCUGUUAAAUAUAGUAAUCUGUCUGGUACGAAAAAAGUGCUCUAUGUAUUAGGAAGUUGUUUUGAAUAUGUUAAAAAUCGGUUAGAAAUGUGGAAUCCUUCACACAAAAUUAACAAUCUUACAUUUAAAAUUCAGACAGUCCUUGUGAUUAUGAGCUUUAUUAAUAUGUCCAUAUUUUUACGAAAUGGAGUAAAACCCCAACUUAUUGAAAGGUUACUGGGUCUAAAUCAAGUCUAUGCAACUGAGAAUGCCCCAAGACAUUUUGAAUCGAAGUAUUUAGCCAGAGAGUUACUUUGGAAUGGGUUUAUUGAUAUUUUGAUUCACAUGUUGCCACUAAUUAAUUAUCACAAGAUAAAACGCACCUUAAGACAUUAUAAUCCACUCCACAAGAGACCAGCUUAUGUCGUAUUAAACUCGCGUGUUAUGACUAUGCACUCAAAAUGUGCAUACUGUGGAGAAACUCCGAUUUUACCACAUCACAUGGGUUGUGCACACAUAUUUUGUUAUGUGUGUCUAAAGGGUAAUCAGGCUGCAGAUUCAAAAUAUGAAUGUCCCAUUUGUGAACAUAGAAAUCCUAACGUUUUAUGUGAUAGAGUGUCUGUGAUGUAGAUGAUGAAUUUUAAAAAAAGUUUAAUAUAUGAAAAGUUUUGAAAUUAUGGCAAAAAUAAGUUUGUAAAUAUAUAUAUCACGAUG